AAGGGACCGACCAAAAACAAUCGGAUACCUUCUGUUUUGUUGCCUGAAACGUAUUUUUCGGCUACGUUGAAACGUCAAUUUUUAGUUUUUGUACAUUUUAAUUGAUGUUGAGUGACAUUUGAUACAAUAAUCAAGGUUUUAAAGUUACACAGACAGCCAUUUCCAGAUUACCAUGGCGACUGCUGGAAACAUGAAAGAUCCAACAGUUGCCAAGAAACUGUUUGAAAACCUACAGAGUGACCUGAGACUACUGUCAACAGAAGGGAAGAGAAAACAUCCAAAUGUGAAAGAGGCUUCCGAAAAAGUUCAACUGAAGCUGAGGACAAUUUCAGCCAAGGGAGAUGACAUGCUGUCAGGGUUGGUGUCUGCUAGCUCGGAGAUACUGCAGCCUUUUGUGCAGGGAUGUGACACCAAGAACGUGAAGCUUGUCCAGAUUGGUCUCACUGCCGUACAGAGGAUGAUUUCACACGAAGCCAUAUCCAUAACUGCAGCAGACGAUGUGUUGAACAUGCUAUGGGGUCUGAUGGAGAGUGGUUUGGAGGAACUGAAACUGCUGCAGACAGCCAUACUUCUCAUCACGACUAAUUUUGUCGUCCAGCAUGAGUCACUUUCAAAGGCGUUGGUGAUCUGUCUGCGUCUGCACUUUACCAAAGACAGCACGACCAACAACACAGCCGCUGCAGCCAUCAAGCAGCUUGUUAGCAUAGUGUUUGAACGUGUCAUUGCCGAGGAUAAUUUGAAACUGCCAGAUUUUUCCGUCGAUGUGUCAGAAACAGAAUUGAAGACUGGUUCCAGCAAGGCUCCACUCUCUCUGAGACCAUGUGCAGGGGAUGCUUAUCUUCUCUUCCAGGAUCUGUGUCAACUGGUGAAUGCGGACCAGCCAUUUUGGUUGCAAGGGAUGACAGAAAUGACUCGCACAUUUGGUCUAGAACUGCUGGAGUCUGUCCUUACAGCAUUUCCAAGUAUCUUCUCUCAGCACAAAGAGUUCAGUUUCCUGUUGAAGGAGCGUGUGUGCCCGCUGGUGAUCAAGCUGUUCUCGCCCAGUCUCAAGUACCGCCAGGGGGCCCCCACCCCGCCCUCCCCCACCGGCUUUGACAACCGCCCAUUCUUCCCUAUUGUCAUGCGUCUGCUGCGAAUUGUGUCAACACUUAUUCAAUUCUAUUAUAAUCUAAUGACGACAGAGUGUGAAAUCUUCCUGUCAUUGCUGGUGAAAUUUUUGGAGCCAGAGAAACCGACGUGGCAGCGAUGCCUUGCUUUGGAGGUGCUACAUAAGCUGUUCAUUCAACCAGAACUAGUCAAGUCAUUUUGUCUAAGCUAUGACAUGAAGCCUCAUUCUACAAAGAUAUUCCGUGACAUGGUGAAUGGAAUAGGAGCGUUCAUUCAGUCGCAGUUCAUGAAUGCUCCUGGAGGGCAGGCCUCCCAAGGCCCCCAAAAGCAGACAGACCUGCAAGGCAGCCCGCCAGCCCUGGUGGGAGGCAUGCCAAUAGGUAGCGGGAUGUCCCCACCACCGGCCUUCAUGUACCGAGGGGUCUGGAUACCACUGGUGAUCAUCAUACCCCAGGGGCAGACCAGACCUACAUUUCCCAAUGUAUCGGGAGGCCUUCCAAAAGAUGCCUUCACUUUUGUCAUGUCUCAUGACAGAUUUAGCCUGGAGAUGCUAGAUAAAGUUGAACCUCCCACAGUCCCGGAUGGUUAUGGCCUAUCAGUUGGUUUUUACUGCCUGGUGGAAGCGGUCCGGACCAUCCAACUUGUGGUCGAAGGGGGAACACCUCUCACAGGGAAACGGGAGAAGCUGCAAGGAACCAAAAGUGAGAUAGUGGAACCUAAAGAAAAUGACCAGAUUCUCAAAGAUGAGGAGAGGAGUCUAUAUGAGGAGCUGGUGAACUCCUCGUGGUGCGGGAUGCUGGCUGCUCUGGCCCUGCUGCUAGAUGCUAGUACGGACGAGAGUGCCACAGAGUCUGUGUUGAAGUGCCAGGAGGCGUACAUCAGCCUGUGUGGGCGGCUGGAGAUGUCCCUUCCGCGUGACGCCUUCAUCACCUCCAUCUGCAAGGCCUCUCUUCCACCCCACUACGCCCUAACCAUUCUGAACACACAGGGAAACAUGCCCCAGAAAGGUCUAAUCCGAGCCCCCAGUCAGGAUCUGCAGUCAGCCUCAUCAGAGGCAACAGACAGGAGUCAGGUGGUUGCUGUGGGAACUGCGUUGCCAACGGCAGCACUUCCUGUAGGGGCUCAUCAGGGGCCUGUCAUGCUGACAGCCAAGAACAUCCAGUGUAUGAGGUCACUGCUGUGUGUAGCCCACUGCCAUGGUGGCAUCCUGGGGUCUGCGUGGCACCUUGUGCUCACAACAUUGCAGCACCUGGUAUGGAUACUGGGCCUCAAGCCAUCAAGUGGUGGAAGCCUGAAGGCGAGCCAGCCCGACUCGUCAGGGGCCAUAAUCACCACAGCAGUGCUGACAGAGCUACCUGUCCUGUCCUCCAUGUUGUCCAGGCUGUUCGAGAGCUCACAGUACCUGAAUGAUGUUGCCUUGCACCAUUUGAUUGACGCCCUCUGCAAGCUGUCAACAGAGUCCAUGGAACUGGCCUACUCCAAUCGGGAACCUUCGCUGUUUGCUGUUGCCAAGUUACUUGAGACUGGUUUGGUGAACUUGUCGCGGGUGGACAUUCUGUGGCGACCAGUCACGGCUCAUCUGCUCGAGGUGAGUCAACACCCCCACCUGGGUUUGCGGAACUGGGGCGCAGAGGCUAUUACCAACCUGGUGAAGGCUGCGCUGGCGUACAAGCACACACCUCCCCUGCAGGAAAACCUGAGGCUGCAGGCGAGCAUCCUGGCCCCACUCCAGGACCUUUCCACCAUCACGCAACCUGAUAUCCGGCAGAAGCAGCUGCAGUGUGUGUUCCAGAUUCUCCAUGACAACGGGGACACUCUGCACCACGGGUGGCCCCUUAUCCUGGGCGUUAUAGGGGCAGUCACCAAUGAUCAUGGCGAAAAACUUGUGCAGACAGCGUUUCAGAGCCUUCAGUUGGUUGUGACCGAUUUCUUACCCAUAAUUCCCUGCUGCUACCUGGAAGUGGUUGUUACCGUGGCAUCAAAGUUUGGUCUCCAGAAGCAAGAACUCAAUGUCAGCCUGACAGCCAUUGGCUUGUUGUGGAACAUAUCAGACUACUUCUAUCAAAACCGUGAAAGAAUCAAAACGGAACUCAACAAAUCCAAGCAAGAAGGGGACACAAAGGUCACAUAUAGGUCAGAUACCAAGGUCACGGAUAGGUCGGGGGAUACCAAGGUCACAGAUAGGUCAGAGGUAAUGACGGCCUUUGACGGGCUCUGGAUGUGUCUGUUCAUGCGUCUGGGCGACCUGUGUGUGGAUUCCCGACCUGCAGUGCGUAAGAGCGCAGGACAGACUCUGUUCUCCACCAUCUCUACACAUGGGGGUCUGCUGGAGCAGGCUUCAUGGAAAAAAGUCCUCUGGAAGGUGUUGUUCCCCUUACUGGACAAUGUGAAAAAGCUAUCCAGUACUGCCCCGAACACCAAGGACCAAUCAGCGGAGGGCAACAUCCUGAUCCACCACUCGCGGGACACCGCAGAGAAACAGUGGGCAGAGACACGUGUACUCACCCUGGCAGGGGUGGCAAGGACGUUCACUGCACAGAGGAGGAUAUUGCAGGGGUUUUACCAAGAAUUUCCCCAUGCUUGGGCCUUGCUUCUGGAACACAUAGAAGUUGCAGCCUUGUGCCAAAAUGCUGAAAUAUCCAUAGCAGCCAUAAAAAGCUUUCAGGAAAUGCUUUUAAUGCAAAAAGAUGAGACAGCUUUCACACUCCCCACCCUCCCAGUUAAGCCUCCAGUUAAUGAGUCUAUAAAUAGAACAGGGGAAUCCCCUGAAGCAAACGGUAAAUCAGACAAUCAAAAUGAGGCUGAAGAAACAACAGGAAAUGAAGACUAUGACAUUGCAUUGUGGUCUGCGGCCUGGAAAGUGUGGCUAAAUAUAGGAACCAAUGCAACAAAGCCUCCAGAAGAUUCCAAUUCCCUGUAUAUUCCAUCGCAAGCGUUCUUGACUGCUCUGAUUCAAACAUUCCCGCCCCUGUUGGAGCACAUUAAGACCAGAUUCUCUGUGUCAGAUCUGCAGAAGCUUUCCGGGGUGUUGAAGCGGUCCCUGACGGUGCCAGUUCACGGGGACAGCUCCCCGUUCAUCCUACCUGCGUACCCAGAUGUGUCCACCACACCGCUACAGGAGGCUACGCUGCAGGCAGUGGAAGCCAUUAUCAAGACUGUAAAAGCAGGGUCGGACACUAUGCAUAACAUGUACCCGGACAUCUUUGACCAGCUGAUGACGUAUGUGGACUACGGAAUACGGGUGCCAAAGUUUGGGAAGAUUGAAACCAAGCACAUCGGCUCUGUCCGAGGACCAACAGUUGACUGGGUAACGAUGAACUUUGUGCCAUUUGCGGAGCGCUGCGUCAAGUUGAUAGUGGACAUGUACCUGGCAACGGCUAGCCAUCCUACUGUUAUACAGGCCCAUGUCCUGCAGAACAUCAUCAAGACAUUCCGUCAGCCCCUGGGGCUCAAGUAUGGCUGCCCCUCCCAGAGCACCUGGAUGUUGGUGAUCAACUCCCUCCUCUCCAUCCUCAAUAAAGGGCUGCCAGUUGCUAGGAAACACGAGUCAGAGUUUUCCAGCAUGUGGUCUGAGCUGGCUUUGACACUGGACGAGUUUCUGUUCUCCAAAAACCCUUCACCACCAACCAUGUCUAUAGAGGAAUUCCAGAGAGACGAGAGUCUGGAUUGUAAGGUGGUGUGCCUGAUGCGAGAUGACAUCCUGCCCUACUCCUCCACGAUACCCCUGGAGUUCACAGAGAAGGUCAUGGCCAUCCUCAACAGGGGCUCCAUACACGCCACAUCAUCUGACUCCUUCAUUGAUACAGAUUCUAGUCGAAAGCUCAGAGAAGAGUUUGCCAAGACCUGUUUUGAGACGCUGCUGCAGUUCUCGUACAUCAAUCGAUCUAAGACCGGCAGCGACAGUUCUCUCACCCGACUGGCAGUGAUAGCGCUGCUGCAGAGAUGUCAGGAGGUGGUGAAGAAGUACUCAGAGGAUGAGAAACUCAGUGGGAAAUGUCCACUUCCUAGACCCAGAUUAGCAGAAAUGGCAUCAGUUCUAAAGGCUGUAACAACCCUCAUUGCCUCGCUAAAGAAAGCACCUCAAGCCAAUGUGGAGCCGCUGGUAUGGCAGCAUGUGAUCCAGUUGUACCCUAACCUGGUAGACUGCACCACAUCUCACUCACCCAGUGUAUGUAAGGCACUACGGGACGCUCUGUGGGAGUACAAGGACCUGCUUACCCCACCCACCACCAGCCCACUACACAACGGCAGAUAGACUUUCUCCAACCACCACCAGCCCACUACACAACAGCAGAUUGACUUUCUCCAACCACCACCAGCCCACUACACAACGGCAGAUAGACUUUCUCCAACCACCACCAGCCCACUACACAAAGGCAGAUAGACUUUCUCCAACCACCACCAGCCCACUACACAAUGGCAGAUAGACUUUCUCCAACCACCACCAGCCCACUACACAACGGCAGAUAGACUUUCUCCAACCACCACCAGCCCACUACACAAUGGCAGAUAGACUUUCUCCACCCACCGCCAGCCCACUACACAAUGGCAUAUAGACUUUCUCUAACCACCACCAGCUCACUACACAACGGCAGAUAGACUUUCUCCAACCACCACCAGCCCACUACACAACAGCAGAUCACAACCAGCCCACUACACAAUAGCAGAUAGACUUUCUCUAACCACCACCAGCCCACUACACACUGGCAGAUAGACUUUCUCUAACCACCACCAGCCCACUACACAAUGGCAGAUAGACUUUCUCCACCCACCACCAGCCUACUACACAAUGGCAUAUAGACUUUCUCCAACCACUACCAGCCCACUACACAAUGGCAGAUAGACUUUCUCCACCCACCACCAGCCCACUACACAACAGCAGAUAGACUUUCUUCAACCACAACCAGCCCACUACACAGUGGCAGAUAGACUUUCUCCAACCACCUCCAGCCAACUACACAACGGCAGAUAGACUUUCUCCACCCACCACCAGCCCACUACACAACGGCAGAUAGACUUUCUCCACCCACCACCAGCCCACUACACAAUGGCAGAUAGACUUUCUCCAACCCACUACACAAUGGCAGAUAGACUUUCUCCACCCACCACCAGCCCAUUACACAACAGCAAAUAGUCUUUCUCCACCCACCACCAGCCCACUACACAAUGGCAGAUAGACUUUCUCCAACUACCUCCAGCCCACUACACAAUGGCAGAUAGACUUUCUCCAACCACCUCCAGCCCACUACACAAGGGCAGAUAGACUUUCUCCAACCAUCUCCAGCCCACUACACAAUGGCAGAUAGACUUAAGUCCAACCACCACCCACUACAGAAUGUAAGAUAGAGUUUCUUCAGCCCCCACUAAACUUCAGAAGGCAGAGAGAUUCACCCUACUUACUACACAACGGCAGAUAGACGUUCUCCACCCAGCACCAGCCCACUACACAAGGGCAGAUAGACUUUCUCCAACCACCACCCACUACAGAAUGUUAGAGUUUCUUCAGCCCCCACUCAACUUCAGAAUGGCAGAGAGAUUCACCCUACUCACUACACAACGGCAGAUAGACUUUCUCCACCCACCCCACCCAGUUCAAAAUGGCAAUGGACUUACCCAAUCAGUUCAAAAUGGCAAUGGACUAACCCAAUCUGUCACACAACAACAGUUUGGCUCACUUUACAAGGCUGUGCUAACAGUUUCUUCACUCACUAUGAGCUGCAAGUUCAACUAAAACUUAAAUGAUAAAUAUAUUUACCCCAAAUUGGCAGAUCAACAGUGUACUUUCACAUUUAUAGGGUUCAAUCAUUGGCAAAUGCCAGGUGGUGACCAUAUUAUGGAGACUUUGACUGGUAAAACUAAUGUGUAGUGGCGCUACAAGGGACAGAGUUCUAUAGCAAAAAGUGUGAUGUAUAGUGUUUUUUUUAUAAAUGAUGUUUUUAUAUGAGGGAUUUGGUUUGCAAUUAAGUCUGCUGCUGAUCAUUAAUGAAAUUCAGCAAUAUUGACUUGUAGUUGAUAUUUUAGUUAAAAAUUGAUCUUAUUGUAAUUUAUCUUUAUUUGAGCUGUUUUUAAUUUAUCUUAAAGCUGUUUUUACAAUGAUAAAUAAAUGAAGACUUGUUAUAAAUUCUUGAAUGUGAUCAUGGACCCUUCGGAAAUGCAAUUUUCAUUGUCAAUAUUGCUUAGUGUACUAGAACAAUUAUUUAUCAGGUAUCUGAUAUAAUUGAUCAUGUUAAACCUUGUGAGUUCAAUAGAAUGUGUUACAUUUCAAGAUUUGAGUGAAACUGUUAAAAAGGGGCCUAAUUCUUGUGCGUUAAGUGUCAUCCCAGAUUAGCCUGUGAAGUCCACACUGGCUAAUCAGGGACUACACUUUCCGCUUUAAUGAUAUUUUUCGUUUCAAAAGUCUCUUCUUAGCAAAAAUCUAGUUUAGGUGGAAAGUGUCAUCCCUGAUUAGCCUGAGCAGACUGCACAGGCUAAUCUGGGACAACACUACUCACAUGCAUUUAACCCCUUUUUCACAGAGUGCAGCUCAUUUACAUUUGUGAUGUCAAGAAAGCGACUCACCUGGUGUUCUAUGAUGUAUGUGUUCUUUGUUUUAUGUCUCCAGGGACAUCGCGGUACAUUAUUAAUAUAUUAAAUAUAAAUCUACA